AUGACGCGAGCGACCCAAGCGGCUCUCGGUGCCAAGUGUUCGGCCAAGUCCGAAAAGGCCAGAUGCGCAGUCCGCCGGUCUCUUUCCUCCAAAUAUUUCUGUCUUCUUCCUUCAACCUUUCCCUGUUACCAGUUUUUCGUUUUUCUUCUUCUUUUAAUGAACCGUCCAGCAUCUAUCAAACUCCCAAUGCUCGACAUUCAAGAGCCACCAAAGCACAAACCACCCACACUGCGCUCCAGGGGACGGAGCAACAGUAUCGUCAAGGUCGAGCAGAUCGGUGACCGUUCUGUGGAGGAGGUCCUGGACCGGAACGUCUAUGUCAAUAUCAACGCUGACUGGGUCAACGCCAAAGGUGCCUGGCUAAUCCAUGUCGUUCUCAUCCUAUGUGGCAAGAUCUGUAUCGACACAAUACCCGGGAUGACCCAGCAAGUGUCAUAUCUCAUGUUCCAUUGGGUAACAGGUAUCCCCUUUGGAGACAAUUUACACGCAGGAGCCUAUGACGAGCUCACUCUCUGGGAACAAAUCGACGACGGUGCACAAUAUACACCAGCGAAGAAAUGGCUAAUCUGCGUGCCAAUAUCCCUCUUCCUCGCCUCUACUCACUACACCAACUACAACCCAUGGCUAUUCGCUAUCAACCUCUCAGCUCUCGUCCUUGUCUUGAUACCCAAAUUGCCUCAGCUGCAUCGGCAACGAGUUCGAUUCAUGGCUGACGAUUCCACCGCUUCGGGCAUGGCCACACCGACAACCCCAACCUUCCCCUCAUCCGGAACUACCACCCCUCUUAUCGAAAUCACCGCCGCAGACUUUGCCGGUUCCCGUUUCCAAUGA